AGUCCUCCUGCAUCCCAGCGUGCAUUUCGCCGGCAAUGGCCGCCACCAUGGAGGAGGAAGAGCUGGAGUUUGUGGAUGAGUUGGAGGGUGUGUUACACCUGUCUCCGGAGGUGCAGCAGGCGAUCGAGCAGGUGUUUCCCAGCCAGGAUCCCUUGGACAGGGCUGAUUUCAAUGCUGUGGAAUACAUCAACACGCUCUUCCCCACAGAACAGUCUUUGGCCAACAUUGAUGAAGUUGUAAACAAGAUUAGACUAAAAAUCAGGAGGUUGGAUGAUGACAUUCGAACUGUAGUGAGAGGACAGACCAAUGUGGGACAAGAUGGCCGACAGGCUUUGGAAGAAGCACAAAAAGCCAUUCAGCAGCUUUUUGCCAAGAUAAAAGAUAUUAAGGACAAAGCAGAGAAAUCGGAGCAGAUGGUUAAGGAAAUCACACGGGAUAUUAAACAACUUGAUCAUGCAAAACGCCACCUUACCACUUCCAUCACUACACUCAAUCACCUGCAUAUGCUUGCAGGCGGCGUUGACUCAUUGGAGGCUAUGACUCGUCGGAGACAAUAUGGAGAAGUGGCUAACCUCAUGCAAGGAGUGGUGAAUGUUUUGGAACAUUUUCAUAAGUAUAUGGGUAUUCCACAGAUCCGUCAACUUUCUGAAAGGGUACGAGCUGCUCAGACUGAGUUGGGACAGCAGAUCUUGGCAGAUUUUGAAGAAGCUUUUCCAUCUCAGGGGUCAAAGAGGCCAGCGGGUCCCAGUAAUGUUCUACGUGAUGCCUGCCUUGUUGCCAAUGUGCUGGAUCCCAAAAUUAAACAGGAAAUCAUUAAAAAGUUUACAAAGCAACAUCUUUCAGAGUACCUUGUUCUGUUCCAAGAAAACCAAGAUGUGGCAUGGCUGGAUAAGAUAGAUCGACGCUAUGCAUGGAUUAAACGCCAACUGGUAGAUUAUGAAGAGAAAUAUGGCCGGAUGUUCCCACAGGAAUGGUGCAUGAGUGAACGGAUCACUGUGGAGUUUUGCCAUGUCACCAGGAUUGAGCUGGCUAAAAUAAUGCGCACAAGAGCCAAGGAGAUUGAAGUGAAGUUGCUGCUGUUUGCAAUUCAAAGAACAACAAAUUUCGAGGGGCUGUUGGCCAAGCGGUUCUCGGGCAGCACGCUGACGGAUGGGAUUGUGCUGAUGUCCCAAAUUCAGGCACUGGGCAGAUAUCUCCGCUUUCUGGAGUCUUGGUCUUUGAAAAAAAACUGUCAAUCCCCUAGUGUCCCCACUACUACAUUUGUUUUGCACAUCCACAUGAAUGGUUUCUUGUACCACGAUGGCUGUGGGCAGAAUCUCAGUGAACUGAUUGAUAGGUUUAUGGCAGAUUUUAAAGCCCAAGGCCCUCCAAAGCCUAACACUGAUGAAGGGGGUGCCGUGCUUCCUAGCUGUGCUGAUCUGUUUGUCUACUACAAGAAAUGCAUGGUGCAGUGCUCACAACUCAGCACUGGAGAGCCGAUGAUUGCUCUAACCACCAUAUUCCAGAAAUAUCUGCGAGAAUAUGCAUUGAAAAUCCUCUCCGGAAACCUGCCAAAAACUACAAGCAGCAGUGGUGGUUUGACCAUUUCCAGCCUUCUGAAGGAGAAGGAAGGCUCGGAGGUUGCAAAGUUCACUGUGGAGGAGCUCUGCCUCAUUUGUAGCAUUCUCAGCACUGCUGAAUACUGCUUGGCAACAACACAACAGCUUGAAGAGAAACUCAAAGAAAAAGUGGAUGCAAGUCUGGUGGAAAGGAUUAACCUGAUGACAGAAAUGGACACCUUCAGCACUGUGAUUUCCAACAGUAUUCAGCUGUUAGUUCAGGACUUGGAUGCAGCCUGUGAUCCUGCACUCACUGCCAUGAGUAAAAUGCCAUGGCAAAAUGUGGAACAUGUUGGUGAUCAGAGUCCAUAUGUCACAUCCAUAAUCCUCCAUAUCAAACAGAAUGUGCCUAUCAUUCGAGAUAACCUUGCCUCUACUCGGAAGUACUUCACACAGUUCUGCAUCAAAUUUGUCAACUCCUUCAUUCCCAAGUUCAUCAACCACCUCUUCAAGUGCAAGCCAAUCAGUAUGGUGGGAGCGGAACAGCUUCUACUUGACACUCAUUCUCUGAAAACAGUUCUGCUUGAUCUUCCUUCGAUUGGUUCUCAAGUCAUACGCAAGGCCCCAGCAAGCUACACAAAGAUUGUCGUCAAAGGCAUGACUCGGGCAGAGAUGAUUCUAAAGGUGGUAAUGGCACCUCAUGAAGCAUCUGUGGUGUUUGUAGAUAAUUACAUCAAACUCCUGGCUGAUUGUAGCACAGACACAUUCCAGAAAGUUCUUGACAUGAAGGGUCUGAAGCGCAGUGAACAAAGCAGCAUGCUGGAACUAUUCCGACAGAGGCUACCCACUCCUCCUUCAGGCGGAGAGAACAAUUUAACAACGUCGCUAUCUGCACCGUCCCCCGAACAAGAAUCUUCCAGGAUCCGUAAACUGGAAAAACUCAUAAAGAAGAGGCUGUAAAUGAAGCUCAAAAGCUGCACAGAUCAGGCUUUAUGAGAUAACUGCUGUUUCCGGUUGGGAAACUGACAUAGGACCUUUUCCCUUCUCCUUGUGUCUCAUCCUCGUUAUCUUGCCCCUCCCCAGCCCAGCCCAGCCCCCAAUAUACCCAAGCACCAACUCCUCUUUCCUGUUCGUCCUUGUCUGUGUCACAGGGGCAGCAGCCAUCCUGUUUGUCUAGUUUCUGUUCCUGGAGAUGUGAAUUCACCAUUGCAAUUAGAGUAACCUUUCCAGCUGAGGAAAUCUCCAACUGACCAGAAUAGAGACUGUCACCAACUGCUCAUUGUCCACCUUGUGUUCUGUUGUUCUGGGUUUGAGUCAGAAUUUUGAGUUGCCUGAGCAGUUUCAUGUUCUGACAUUGCACAAGAGAUUCAAAAUUCACACAAAUGUACAUAAAAUUACAAUUGGUGAGUUUUACUGUUGCUGGUAUUUUGCACAAAGGAUAGCUUUGUGUUCGUAAUGGGCUGAAUGCAGGCACGGAGUUGCAGUGAACCAAGAGUUUGAUGCAGUGGACCCCGUCAGUAGUUGGCUGGAACUAUAAAGACAGUGCCCACAGCUCUUCAUGAAUUAACACAGUCCGUUCUAUCAGAAUUGCAAAGGUCCCCCCAUUCUGAAUACAUGCUUGACCAACUGGAAAUUGUGUAUAAAUACUGAUCACUGAGGUUCUGAAACCCAAAUUGUUUAACUGACCAAUACAAUUUCAUUUUUUUUCAAAGGAAAGACUACAUUCAACAUGUUCAGUGUUUAGGUUCUGUAACAUCCUAGAGUGUAUUUUCUGAAAUGCAGUCCAGAAAUUUCCAGACUACUACCAGGACUUUUGAGUACAGUAACCAUUUAAGGGCCAGAAUGCAAACUCUCUCCAAUGCCAUUACUGUCUGUAGUCCCAGAAAUCCAAAAAUGGGCCACUUAUUAUAACUGUAGUGUAAUUACAUAUAUUUUUAACUCUGAAAAGGCAAUAUUAGAUACUUAUAAAAUAUAGUUGACGCUUACAAAAUCCUCAAGCUCUUUAAAUGAAUUAAAAAGAAUUAGGGCAGAACAGUAAUUCAAGUAGCUGAAUGUUUGAUUCGCAAGUGGAGAAUCAAGAGUUUGUGUGCUAACUUAGUCUCUGAAUUUAAUGUUGAAGUUGAUGUCAGUAUUUGCUUAUACAGAAAAUAAAAUCUCUUACAGAAGGGCAUGUGAGAGAAGGACAGUUCAAAUUAUCUAAUUCACAGAUAAUGCUUAUCUGGCUGACGCAUAAAAGGAUGAAGGGACACUGAGAAUGAGAACACUUCUUUUUCACUCUGUCUUGGGUUUGAUCUUGAGUAAUGCUCACAUUGAAAGACCUCAGCAACUAGAAGAGUUACAAGUAAUGUAAAUUUGAAAGUCUCAAACCAGUUCCAAAUAAAUAGGUCCCCAUAACAUAAACUGCCCCACAGCAUUAAGUGAUAGAAAAAUUGUAAUUCUCAUCAGUCUAGUAUUGAAAUAGAUCUGAAACUUGCUGUUGGGAGAGAAUAGUGAGAAGUGUAUCUUGUAUAAAACCCAUACUCAGUCUGAUCUGAGAAAAACUGUUGUUGAUGCCAAUGCUGGUUUCAAAAUAGUGAGGAGAUUUUAAAUUUCCUGAGCAGUUCAUUUCUAUUACUUCGAGAGCAGAAGCUGUUAAAUAUACCACACCCCUACCACCAUAACACAAAUACUUACAAGCAGGACUUUCUGUUAUAGGGGGAAGAGAGGCUGUUUUUGAAACUGCAAGAUUGCAUUUUCUAGCAUUUCUGUAAAUAAAAAAAUUCUCCUGUAUUCCUCAUGGAAUGCAUAAUGCAGUACUGUUGUCAGAACAAUUUUACUUGUAUUGACAUGUAUAGGCUACAAUUAUUCAAAGUAACUUUAUACAAAUUAUCUGAGUUCAAUGUGUUUGCACUACAUUCUGACACUCAACUUGAAUUAUCUAGCACAAAAAAUUGAUUUGAAUUAUUAAAUAGACUGUAAUCCCCUUGGAACUGCUCAGUGUUAAACUUGAACAGUCAUUGUCAAUUCAUGCAAUAGACUUUAAAGUUUUGGGGAUAUAAUAAAUUUUUUUUUUUUUUAAAAUUGCCAAUGCACAUUAUUUUAAACCUGGAAAAAGAUUACCAGUAACUUCUCUCUCCGUUGCACUCUAUCACACUGAAAAAUAUACCUAAUGGGGUCAACAUUGUUUCAAGUUUAUAUGCUACUUUAUUCUUUCUCUGUCUUGUGAAGGCACUAAUGCUGGUUGGGUACAGUUUCAGAAACAUAUACAGCCCGUCAGUACCUUAUUCAGGUGUACCGUUCCAGAUAGUGAAUGUUUGUAGGUUGCUCUACCGUAGGGACCAGUACAGUCCAGUACCUCCCUAUCAUUAUUCUCUUUUUUUUGUCUUUCAUCUUACAUCCAGGAGACACCUGGGUAGCAAUGGGGAAUGGAACCUUUGAGAUGUCUUAUUCCUCUCCUCAUCUCUCCCCACCCCCACUUUUGAUCUUGUGCCCAGUUAUAGUGGCCCAACUGUGAAUCUGUUAAGCAGAACGAAUUCACCUAAAUAGAACCCAAUUCAAGAAAGCUAAAUACGAUCAGCAUAAUUCUUCUGCAUCAAUUGGAGAAAGUACUUGUGUUAAAAAUUCAGAUUUUAAUAAAAUAAUUAUCAACACAAGACACUUGAAUGAAGUAAAUUCAGUAACUCACUUCACAAAGUAUAUCUUUGGAUGCAGACUGUUCUGGGAUGUCAAUAAUGAAAGAGUAAAACAGGUUCUUUUUGCUGAACAGAUCUGUCAAACACCUAUUGUAUGCAGCUUUCAACCAUUUGCCUUUGAGACUUGAGUAAAAUAUUUUUGUUCCUUUGCACAAGAGUAAGAAACACGCCACUUUAAAGAAGUGCAUUAAAGCUAUGUAGGUGGCCAUUUGAUAUUUGUGAGGAAACCUGACACCAUCCACUAUAACAUUGUGCAAGGCAUUGGUGGCCAGUACCCGGAAAGGCUAUGGGAUUGCAAGCUAUAACCUAAGCUUUGUUUUCACAGCCAGGUCCAAAGUAAAAACAUUGGAAUUGAGGGAGAUAUUCACAACCCAAAAGAAAGCAAAAACCGUGGUAAACCAAUGUUUAGAGAGAGCAGUCUUGAUACUUGGCUACAUUAUUAUUGUCUUUUACACUGGCUGUGAUUGGAGAAACAAUGUCCAUUUUGUUUUGUGUCCCAGUGUGAAUGAAAGGCCUUACAAGCAACAGUUUAUCCAGGAAUGCCUUUUCUUAAUUUUCCCUGGUUUGUGUAGCACUAAGUUUAUUUAAAUCCGGGUUCUUCCACUAGACUUUAUAUAUUUGAUUUCAGGAUGUAAAUUUUCUGUUACUUAUUUCUGGUUUAUGUCCAGUUUCACGGUUUCUAACAUGGGUAUGCAAGUCAGAAAUGCAGAACAGUUUAAACUUUGUAUGAUGCUGUUUUGAGCCUGUGGUGUAUUUUUGGGAGAUAACUGCACUGUUGGAACUGUUUGCAUAUUAUUUCAUCACGUAGGCCAGUAAAGAUAUAUUUAUCUCA